UUCUCUAUAACAACUCCUGAGCUGUCAAAUAUAAACACACAUAUGUUUAUUUUCUUUCAAUUCACACAGGAGUUAAUCAAAUUGGAUCCAACAUGGUCUUUACUCUGGUGCGUCAACAUCUUCUAUCCAACCGGCGCUCGAUGGCUAAGAUACAAGGAGUUCCAGUACGGAACUUCAUGCCUGUCGCAGGACCACCUCGCUUCCCAAUGAGCACUGUUCAGCGGCUGAUCUUCGGGGUUGGACCACUAAUCCUUAUGAUGAUUAUACCCUACUGGUCCAUUUUAAACCUGCCCCGUUGGUCCCGAAUGCAUUUGGGUCUGCCACCCGAGGAUGAGGAGGAAGAGUCACCGCCGCCACCAGAGGUUAAGGACGAGCAAAAAACCAAGGAUGCUAAAUAACAAAAUCAAAACCAUAUUAUUCUGGACAUUCCCUUGAACGGUGACUUCAAAUGGACUUUUACUGGGGUCUUCAAACUCGCAACGAAGACGGCAAAACAAGUACUUAAACUAAAUACUUUAUCACUCCAAAACAUUUAAAUGGAAUUCAGCAGACAAAUAGCAACAGCGUGGAAAUAUUUCUAACAGCAAAAUUUCACACAAAUGCUGUGCUUAUCAUUUAAAUAAAAAGGCUAUAUAUUCGAAUUUUA